AUGCUGCGCCAUCGGCUGGUUCAUCUAAGAUCAGUUCACGUCCGACUUUCACGGUGCUACAGUUCUUCACCCAGGUAUGACUUGAAAGCUUGAAAUUUUUUUAAAAAUUUUUUAAUAUUUUUGUUAAAAAUUAAGUUUUUCAUAAUCUUUUUACCUACAAAAUAAAUUUUCCAUCAAUUUUGGUAUUAAAAAAUAAAAAUUCGCAUCAAAAAAGGAUUUCAAAAUUGUUUAAUUUAUGUUAACUUUCAGUGUAUCAUCCUACCCUCAAGAUGUAUACAACUUGGACCCAAUCGAUCCAUCUGAACCCAAAUUUGAAAAGAUUUUGAUAGCGAAUCGUGGAGAAAUAGCUUGUCGAGUGAUAAAGACGGCCAAAGCGAUGGGAAUCAAAACUGUAGCUAUUCAUUCUGAUGUAGAUUCUCAUUCGUUGCACGUUAGACAUGCUGAUGAAGCAGUUUGUGUUGGAACGGCAAACACAGCCGAUUCGUAUUUGAGAAUCGACCGGAUUCUACAAGCGGUCAAGGAUACUGGGGCUCAGGCUGUAAGUUUGUUAUGGCUUUUGAAGUUUGAAGGGCUAUGGGCAAAUUUGGGAAGGUUAAUUUAGCCUGCAGGUAUAGGAGAGGAAUGGUCAAAUUUUCUAUCCCAAUUUUCAAGUUUUUAAAAAUUUUUUAAAAAUUCUGUUGAUGUUUAUUGUCUUUCAGGUGCACCCAGGCUAUGGAUUUCUGUCCGAAAACACGAAUUUCGCGGCCGAACUGACAAAAGCUGGUGUAACAUUCAUCGGUCCAAACCCAAAGGCCAUCGAGGAAAUGGGCGACAAAAUUCGAUCGAAACAAAUUGCUGGUCAAGCCAAAGUCAACUUGAUUCCAGGAUUCGAUGGAGUGAUUCAGGACGAAGAAGACUGUGUCCGCAAAGCAAAAGAUAUUGGUUUCCCCGUGAUGAUCAAGGCGUCCGCCGGCGGCGGAGGCAAAGGAAUGAGAAUAGCGUGGAACGAAAAAGAAGCUCGUGAAGGAUUUAGACUGUCGAAACAAGAAGCCGCUUCAUCGUUCGGAGACGAUCGUAUGCUUCUGGAGAAGUUCAUCGACAAUCCUAGACAUAUUGAGUUACAGGUACUGUGUGAUAAGCACGGUAACGGAGUGUACUUGAAUGAAAGAGAGUGCUCGGUUCAACGGAGGAAUCAGAAAGUCAUUGAAGAGGCUCCAUCGUCAUUUCUGGAUGAGGAAACGAGGAGAAAAAUGGGAGAACAAGGUACUGUAAUAUUUUUGGAAAAACCGUAAAGAUAUUAAAGUAAGGCUGAAUUUAAGUAAGAAUCCUUUAAAACCUUUAAACUAUAGACUAAAAUGACAUUUUACUUACAAAAUAAAGCUAAAACUUUCAGCCAUUCAACUAGCCCACGCUGUCGGCUACGACUCAGCAGGCACGGUCGAAUUCUUGGUCGAUUCCCAGCGAAACUUUUACUUCCUGGAGAUGAACACUCGUUUGCAAGUAGAACAUCCCAUCACCGAACAAAUCACGAACGUCGAUCUAGUACAACAGAUGCUUCGCGUAGCCUAUGGCCAUAAACUCAACUUUACUCAAAAAGACAUUGGCAUCAAUGGCUGGGCAUUUGAGAGCCGAGUCUAUGCUGAAGAUCCUUACAAAGAGUUCGGAUUGCCUUCGAUUGGAAGACUGAACAAGUAUAUUGAGCCGAAUCAGAAGAUAUCUGGCAUACGAUGCGAUUCUGGAAUUACUGAAGGGUCAGACAUCUCGAUUUAUUAUGAUCCACUCAUUUGUAAGGUAGGAUAAUAUGAUAAUACAAGAGGUUUGGUAGGCUUUGAUUAAAUUUUUAUUUUGAUGACAAAAAAGAAAAUUGAAUAAAUUUCAAAUUUAAAAGUUUGAGAGCAGGUUAAUCAAUUGUUUACAGUUAGUAUCACAUGGAGCAAACCGCGACCAAGCAUUGGAUCGGAUGGCUUCGGCUUUGGAUAACUAUGUAAUUCGAGGAGUAAGUAUAAUUUAAUCAUUUAGUAUUGACAAACGUUUAACUAACCUCACUUUAAUACUUUUUUAAAUUACAAGUUACCAUCAAUACCCUAAUGCCCACUUUUAAGGUCCACAACAAUAUUUCCCUCCUCCGCGACAUUGUUGAUGAGAAAAACUUCCGGAGUGGUGACAUAACGACCAAAUAUCUGUAUGAAACAUACCCUGAAGGCUUCCAAGGAAUAAAACUGACAGAAUACGAAAAGAAGGCGCUUGUAGCGAUUGCCUCUGCCAUAUCAGCCAAGAAAACUGUCAGGGAACGACUGUUCUUGAACACUUCUGAACUCGGAACAACACUAAUUGGUAAGACCGUAAGAUUUUGUAAAAUACGAACAAAAUAAAUUUUUUAAAAAAAUUUGAACCUUUCAAAUUGAGGGAUUUCAAAAAUAUUUCAUAGAUUGAAUUUUAAAGUUAACAAAAUUUAAAAUACGACUUUGAUCAGUGUUGAUGACUAUAUUUGACAGUAAGUUCAAAUUUGCAGAUCCAUAUGACACAACAUACGACCUUACUGUUAGCUGGACUGACAAACAUUCCGGAGACACUUUUAGUUUGAAUUCAUCAACAACUUUUGAUGAGAAUAAGGACUUGGAUGUAAAAUGGGACACUGGCAGAGUCACCAAUGUUAGAGGACACUUCACUCCAGCUGAUCUGGUUAUUGAGGUAUCUUAGAGCAAAAUCAUUCAUAGUUUAAAUAAUACUUUUCUAAAAGUCAUAUUUUCUGAGUUAAAGUCUUUUUUAAAUCCCUAGUGACAUUCUAAAGGUACCCACUAAUUAGUUUGCACUAACACCACAAAACCUAGAAAAAAAUUCUCAAUUUUAGGUAGAAGUCGACGGUCAGAAGCGCACCGUGCAAAUUGCUGAUGCCAAACCAGGCAAACUGACACUGAUUUACAAAGGGACCACCUUCGACAUCAAAGUGUACCCGAAAAGUGUCAGCGAACUCUUGAAAUAUAUGAAAGAGAAGCCAACGCUUGACUUGAGUGCCGUGAUUCUAGCUCCAAUGCCUGGAGCAGUGAAGGCUGUGAAUGUGGAAGUUGGUCAAGAGGUAGGUUCAGACAAUAUUUUUUAAAAUUAAAGUUUUUGAUGUUGGAAAAAAGCGAAAUAUAAUAUUGUUCUACCUUAAAACAUUCUUUCCAUUUUUGCAAGUCCCAGUAUUAUUUUAGGUAAAUGAAGGCCAAGAACUGUGCGUAAUCGAGGCCAUGAAAAUGCAAAACGGAUUACAUGCGGCCAAAAGUGGCAAAGUUAAGGCAGUCAAUGUAAAGGAAGGUCAAACUGUGGAUGAGGGAGAAAUUCUGGUGGAAUUGGAAUAA